CCAAAGCUGGGGGAUACCUCUCUGCCUCCCAGCUGGGCGAAUCCUUUAAGGCAGCAUGCAGAGCUGUUGGGCUUGGCAAGGUUGGCAGCCUUCACGCUUUUCGCCGAGACUUCGCCCAUCAGCUCGAGAUCGCUCGUGGCUCUGGCGCCGCUCGAACCGCUCUACAUCACGAGCAGCAGCACGAUGUGCUCCACAAUGAUUAUACUGGAGGCAUCACAAACAUGGAUGUCAUCGGUCUACGCAGCGCGGAGGGCCUGACGGGCGGCGAGAGAAGCGCGCUCGCUCAGGCGGGCUACUGGGAGCGCAGCCUGCAGAACGCGGGCAUUCAAGCUCUGACGGACAAAAUUGCGGCUUGUGGCAAUGCGGGAGUGGACGGCUUUGCGGGACAGAGCAUCCCAAAGAGUCGUCAGAGGACAACUCGCAGAGUCCUGACUUGGAGUGAGCGCGUCGCUGAGGCUCAGGGCAACGAUGCUGCUUUUGCCAAGGACCUGGAGGCACAUGCCGACAUGGCGGAGGAGACGCUGAACCUCACGCCGGAGGAUAUCAAGAAUCGAUUCAAGACGGAUACGAUUCUAACCUUCUCUGCUGCGAGUGGUCGUAGCCUCGCUCACCUCCACCGCAACUUAAAACAAGCAAGCACGACCCAGGCUGCCGUGGCGGCCGACAAGGGGCGCAAGAUAGUCAAGAAGUUGACGGAUGCGCUGACAGCAGCCCAGAAGCGACAUGCCCGACAAGCGUCAUCGAGUAUGGCUCGCCCCGCGACUGACCAUGCAGAUGAUUAGGGACCACCCGCGGCUGGCCCGUCCUAUGCCAAUUCCAGCCCGAGCUGCUAGAGCAGGCGAGCCACUUCGUCAAUGCGCUGGAGGGAGAGGGGAUUGCUGCCCUGUCGAGGCAGAUGGCGGGAGGGACAAUC